AUGUUUUCUGGAGUGAUCAAUUUACAACGAAUAAUACAACCAACAACUGGUGAAGCAGCAAAUAUUGUUGUACCUCAUUUAGAUAAUUUACUUAAACUUGAUCCAUAUCUUGUUCCCUAUCAAGAUGAAAUUCGACGACGUUAUCAUGUCUUUCAAAAAAUUCUUAAACAACUUAAUACUGAAGAACAAGGUAUAGAUGUAUUUACAUCAGCUUAUAAACAUUUUGGUAUACAUAUUAAUCAUGAAACGAAUGAAAUAAAUAUCAAAGAAUGGGCACCCGGUGCAAAAGCAAUGUAUAUUCAUGGAGAUUUUAAUAAUUGGAAAGAAAGACAAUAUCCAUUUACACGUGAUCAGUGGGGUGUAUGGCGAAUUACAAUUCCAGCGUUAUCUGAUGGAUCUAGUGCAAUUAAACAUGGACAAGCAAUUAAAUUAUUAAUAGAAACUUCCGAUGGAAAAUUAGUUAACCGUAUUUGUCCAUGGUCACGUUAUGUUCAACGAGCAGAAAAAUCGAAUAUAUAUCAUGGUGUAUUUUAUGAUCCACCUAAUGAUGAAAUAUAUCAAUUUAAAUAUUCUCAACCAAAAAAACGUGAUCGAUUAAAAAUCUAUGAAGCUCAUGUAGGUAUCAGUUCAUCAAACGAAGAAAUUGCUACAUAUGAAAAUUUUCGUAUUAAUAUCAUUCCUCGAAUUGUUAAACAAGGUUAUAAUACUAUUCAGUUAAUGGCUGUUAUGGAACAUCCUUAUUAUGCUAGUUUCGGUUAUCAAGUAACCAGUUUUUUUGCUGCGUCAAGUCGAUUUGGAACGCCUGAAGAUCUAAAAGCAUUAAUUGAUGAAGCACAUAAAUAUGAUUUAACUGUUCUACUUGAUCUUGUACAUAGUCAUAGUUGUAAAAAUAUUGAAGAUGGAAUUAAUAUGUUUGAUGGAACAUCAAGUUGCUUUUUUCAUGAUAGUGCGCGUGGUUAUCAUACUCUAUGGGAUAGUCGUUGUUUUAAUUAUAUGGAACGUGAAGUAAUGCGAUUUCUUCUAUCUAAUAUUCGUUAUUGGUUAGAAGAAUUUAAAUUUGAUGGAUUUCGAUUCGAUGGUGUUUCAUCAAUGCUUUAUCAUUCACAUGGCAUUGCACAUUCUUUUUCUGGUACAUACGAUGAAUAUUUUGGUUUAGCUACUGAUACGGAUUCAUUUAAUUAUCUUCAAUUAGCUAAUUAUGUUUCUCAAACACUUUUUCCUGAAUCUAUAACAAUUGCUGAAGAAGUAUCAGGCAUGCCAACAUUAUGUCGACCAUUAUCUGAAGGUGGUGCUGGUUUUGAUUAUCGUUUAGCUAUGGCUAUACCAGAUGUCUGGAUUAAAUUAUUAAAAGAAAAACGAGAUGAAGAUUGGCAUAUGGGUAAUAUAACAUGGACAUUAACAAAUCGUCGAUCGUCAGAAAAAAAUAUCACAUAUGCUGAAAGUCAUGAUCAAGCACUUGUUGGUGAUAAAGCAAUUUCACAUUGGCUAUUUGAUGAUCAAGUUUAUACUCAUAUGUCAGUUUUUUCUGAACGUACAAAUGUUAUUGAACGUGGAUUAGCUUUACAUAAAAUGAUUCGUUUAUUAACAUAUGGUUUGGGUGGAGAAGGAUGGUUAAAUUUUGAAGGAAAUGAAUUUGGUCAUCCCGAAUGGUUAGAUUUUCCUCGAGCAGGAAAUAAGGAUAGUUAUAAAUAUGCUCGUCGUCUUUUUUAUUUAUCUGAUGAUGAAACAUUAAGAUAUAAAUAUCUUAAUGCUUGGGAUAAAGCAAUGAAUAGCUUGGAAGAAGAAUAUAAAUGGUUAUCAGCAAAAAA